GUGGAAAAGAGUGGGGGCCCGAGCGCCGCGGACCUCUCUCCCUACGUCACUUCCGCUUCCUUCUCCGCAGGGCGGGUAAUUCGAAAGUCUUUUGCAGCGAGUGGCCUUCCCCGUUGGCGCGCGCCCGGGGCGGCGGCGCUGGAGGAGCUCAAGACCGAGCUUAGUUAUGUCUGGGAGGCGAACGCGGUCUGGAGGAGCCGCUCAGCGCUCCGGGCCAAGGGCCCCAUCUCCUACUAAGCCUCUGCGGAGGUCCCAGCGGAAAUCAGGCUCUGAACUCCCGAGCAUCCUCCCUGAAAUCUGGCCGAAGACACCCAGUGCGGCUGCAAUCAGAAAGCCCAUCGUUUUAAAGAGGAUCGUGGCCCAUGCUGUAGAGGUCCCAGCUGUCCAGUCACCUCGCAGGAGCCCUAGGAUUGCCUUUCUCUUGGAGAAAGAAAACGAGCCCCCUGGCAGGGAGCUUACUAAAGAGGACCUUUUCAAGACACACAGCAUCCCUGCCACCCCCACCACCACUCCUGUGCCCAACCCUGAUGCCGAGUCCAGCUCCACGGAAGGAGAGCUGGACGCCAGAGACUUGGAAAUGUCUAAGAAAGUCAGGCGUUCCUACAGCCGGCUGGAGACCCUGGGCUCUGCCUCCACCUCCACCCCAGGCCGCCGGUCCUGCUUUGGCUUCGAGGGGCUGCUGGGGGCAGAAGACUUGUCCGGAGUCUCACCAGUGGUGUGCUCCAAAUUCACUGAGGUCCCCAGAGUCUGUGCAAAGCCCUGGGCCCCAGACAUGACUCUCCCUGGAAUCUCCCCACCACCCGAGAAACAGAAACGUAAGAAGAAGAAGAUGCCAGAGAUCUUGAAAACAGAGCUGGAUGAGUGGGCGGCGGCCAUGAACGCGGAGUUUGAAGCUGCUGAGCAGUUUGAUCUCCUGGUUGAAUGAGAUGCAGUGGGGGGUGCACCUGGCCAGACUCUCCCUCCUGUCCUGUACAUAGCCCCCUCCUUGUGGAGGGGACACUUAGGGUCCCCUCCCCUGGUCUUGUUACCUGUGUGUGUGCUGGUGCUGCGCAUGAAGCCUGUCUGCCUUUGAGGGCUUAGGCAGCAGUGGCAGCCAUCUUGGUUUUAGGAAAUGGGGCCGCCUGGCCCAGCCACUCA